AUGUCACAAGAGCAAAUUUAUAAAUGUAAUAAUCCUUGGUUCGGUUCAACAUGUCAGUAUAUUUUUAAUUCGUACAGCCCAUUCGAACUCACAUUGCAUUCACUGCAGACUGCUCAUUCUUUUGAACUUGAUAUCAAGCGUUCAUCAAAUAUAUCAUCACUAACUAUGACGUGCUAUACACAUUUAAUUUGUAAUCGUGGACCACCACCGGCAUGUUUAGACUGGCGUGAAAUUUGUGAUGGAAAAAUUGACUGUGGUAAUGAUAAUGGAAUCGAUGAACUUUUUUGUGAGUAUUUAGAAAUCUUAAAAUGCGCUAAAAACGAAUAUCGUUGUUUGAAUGGUCGUCAAUGUAUUCCCGAAGAGUUUUAUCGCGAUGAUCCAUUAAAUCCUGACUGUCAAGAUGGUUCAGAUGAGAUUGUAUCUGAUUCAAUUGAACCACUUACUUAUCCACAUGAAUGCGAUCGAGAUCCUGCUUUUCGAUGUGAAGAACGUACGUGUCCACCAAAUACACUUUCUUGCGGUGACGGACAAUGCGUAACUUUUUUUCACCAGUGUAAUAAUCAUAGAGGAGAACUUCUCAUAAUGGAGUUUCAAAUUUAUAGAGAUGAUCGUACUUUAUCAACAUGUCAAUCCCUUCCAUAUUUAUGUGGUACUCAUAUUGAUGAAAUCUACGAUUGCCAAGCAUCAUGUUGGAGUAAGAAGAUUGUUUUAUGUAAAGCUGGAUUAAGUCAAUUAUGUGCAUCAACUGUUUUUAAACAAUCACCGUCCUAUUUUCGACCAAAUCAUGACAUGUAUAUUUUUUAUAAUGACAAUCCAAUACCAUCAAAGAGAUCUUGGAUCAUUGCUCCGCAUGAUAAUUGUUAUAAUGAUACGUACUGUCACAACACAGAGAUAUACUCUGAUACACCACACGAUAUUUCGUGUCGACGUAAUCAAGCUAAAAUGCAUCUUAACUAUGUUGGUUCAUAUUCAAGAAGUGAUUUCACAGCUACUAUCCAACGUUUGACAAAAAGAUGUUACAAAAACUUUACCAUGAAUAACACUGAUCAAAAAUUAUCGUAUAAAAACAGUAAGAUUUUUGAUCUAUAUAAUGAUGAUAAUUCUUUACGAAACAAUCAGAGUCAAAUAGAAUCUUCGAUCCAUGAAAAACGUAUGAGCGUGAUAACAGGAUUUAAUGUUCCUCAAAAUAGAUUCGUAACAAGCAAAUGGACUGACGAUUCGGAAUUUUUUAAACUUUGCGAUCGAAUACAACAUUUCAAUUUAAUGAUCAUCGGUGGUAUAAAUUAUACAGAUGAAACUGAAUGUGAUCACUGGCCAUGUAAUAAUAUCUAUACGCGUUGUAAUGGAUAUAUAAAUUGUCCAGAUGGAGCUGAUGAAUUGAAUUGUAGUUUAAUUCGAUGUAUGGAUAAUGAAGUGCUAUGUGUAUCAAUAUAUAGCAGAAAAUUAGAAUGCCUGCCUCAAAACAAAGUUAAGAAUGCAAAAGUUGAUUGUAUUGGUGGCACAGAUGAGCGAUUAUUAUGUGGCUUUAAUUUUAAUCCAUUCUUGCCAGAAUUCGAAUGUUCAUCAAAUAAUAAAUGUAUAAAUAAUACAAAAGUUUGUAAUAAUAAACCUGAUUGCAGUAAUGGUGAAGACGAAUAUAUUUGCAACUCAUUUUCGUUAACCAUCAUUCAAGCUAUUCUACAUUGCGGAUAUUCUGCAGAAUUUAUUUAUGCACAUUCACCAGAUAUCACUUGCUCUAGUUUAUAUUUUUCCACGAUUACUUUUCUGUCUUCAAUGGACCUCAUUACGUAUCCGCCUAUGAACUUAAUGAGUUUAAUUGAAAAUCGUACCUUAUUGGAGUUAAAUGCUAAAAACAAACCAAUUUCCAAGAUGAAUGUGGUGCCUAAAAAUAUUAUAGAAAAUCCGCCACCGAAUAUAGACCAUUAUUGCCAUCGAGGUCAUGAUGCAUAUAUGGUUAUUCCAACUAACAAAAAUUUAUUUGAGCGCAAAUGCUUUUGUCCACCUAGCUACUAUGGCAAUCGUUGUCAGUAUCAAAGCGAUCGCGUUAGUCUCACUUUUAGAAUUCAGUUCUCUGUUAAUCAUCGAGAUGGCUUUAUUAUUUUAAUUACUUUGAUAGAUAAGAAACAUAACAUCAAUUCAUUUCAUAUCCAUAAACAUCGGCCAGUUAAAGAUUGUGAUAUGAAAUUUAAUUAUUAUCUGCUUUAUUCAACGCCAAAGAAGGACAUAGAAAAUAAUUAUUCUAUUCAUAUUGAUCUACUCAAAGAAGAAGACUCGUCAUAUUAUGCUAGUUGGCAUCUACCAAUUCAUCAUUCUUAUCUUCCUGUCAGUCGAAUUGCUGCACUUCUUAGGACUCCUCAUGAACGUGUUCUACCCAAGAAAAAUAGUCAUUGCAACUUUCAAUGUCAACACGGUCAAUGUAUAAAAUAUAGCAAUGCGGAUAAGUAUUUUUGUCAAUGUCAACCUGGUUGGGAUGCUACUUGCCAAAAUGGAAAUCCAUGCGAAAAAGAAGGACGCUGUCUCGAAGAUCGUCCCAACUGUCCUUCACUCAUGGAAUGUAUCUGUUCAGAAUGUUAUUAUGGAACUCGAUGUCAAUUUUCUACCGUUGGUUUAGGUGUUUCUCUCGAUGCUAUGCUUGGUUAUGAAAUUCUACCAAUGAAAUCUCUUUUUCAACAGCCCACAACUGUGAAGGUUAGCGCAAUAAUUACAGUGUCUAUGUUUGUAUUCGGACUUGUUAGUAAUAUAAUGUCAAUAAUUGCAUUUCAACAUAAUCAAUCUCAUGAAAUUGGAUGUACUAAAUAUUUACUAAUGUUAUCUAUCACAUCUCUUUUAACAAUAAUUAUGUUCACACUAAAAUUUUGGUUUUUUCUUUUAAUUCAAAUGUCGAUUAUUACUGAUGCAAUAUUUUUAUAUGUCAACUGUCUAUUAAUGGAAGUGCUCACCAAAAUAUGUCUUAGUGCGACUAAUUGGUUAGGUGCCUGUGUAGCAAUUGAACGUACUGUUAGUGUUAUUCAACAAAUCAAGUUUAAUAGAAAAAAAAGUAAUCAGGUGGCAACUAAAGUUGUAUUUGCUCUUAUAUUUUGUGUAGUGUUAACUCAUAUAUCAGAUCCGAUUUAUCGCGUACUAAUUAACGAUGAAGAUGAACAACGUAAAUGGUGUAUCGUUCGAUAUCCUUUAUCAGUUGAAAGGUUUAAUUCAAUCAAUCUAUUCCUUCAUUUUGUCGUUCCAUUUGUUGUCAAUGGUAUUUCAGCAAUGAUCAUCAUCAUAAUAAGGGCUCGCAUACGCUUCGCUGCUAAGAAACAAAAAUCAUAUUUACAAUAUUUACUCGAAGAAGUUCAUCAAUUGGGACAUCUUCUCAUUUCUCCUUCUAUCCUGGUUUUACUUUCUGUACCACGUUUAAUACUUGCUUUUUUACCUGGUUGUAUGAAAACAACUGAAGAUCUGUGGAUUUAUCUUGCUGGCUACUUUGUUUCUUUUGUUCCUGCUUUACUUACCUUUCCGAUUUUUGUUUUACCUUCUUAUCUAUAUAGAAAAGAAUUCAUUAAUCGUCUAAAAUCUCUACUCACGAAAAUUACUGGACUAUGUCGUCGUCACUAA